UCACAUUUCGUGCUUGUGAAAUACAGUAGUUAAAAAUUUGAACACUUAACAAAUUGGGUUUUCUGCACUUUUUAUGCAGCUUUGUAUUUAAAGGAAAACAAUUUACGCCUCCCGGUUAAAAAUGACUCAAUCCAUAUCGCGAGAUUUUGAUUUCCAGUAUACAUGUUGCAAAAGAACAGAAAAUGUCAAUAUACAAGUACCAAUUCCACUCCUUGUCAGUGUUCAGGAAUUUGGUUCUCGUCUUAUUUCUCAAAACAAAGUUCCAUUUUAUGUACAAGAAGAUUUGUUUAAAGCUUUGGAUGAUUUUGCAUCAAAAGAGACUUCAAAGUACUAUGAUGAUCUUAGUUCUGAAGCCAUUGAAAAAACAAAAAAGUUUGAUGAAGCUGAUAUUGAUUUACUUAUUCAAAAAUGGACAAAGGCUUUUAAGGAGGAACAUAUGAAAUAUGCCAGUUUAGAAGACAUUACUGAAAGUGCUUCAUUUCCAGAAAUGUAUCACAAAUUAAUUCAUUCUCCUGCACUUGAGACAAUGCUUAAUUUGGAACACUCUUAUGCUAUUGCUGUUGGGGAACUAGUUCAGGCCAGAGAUAAAGACAUCCGUGAUCUUCAGAAGAGGCAGUCUGAUGAAACGGAAAAAGCAGUUCCUAAAGUUGGAAUAUCUCUCACCGAUCAAGAUAUUAAUGACAUGGCUAUUAGACAUUUUGCUGAAACUCAGAGUAUGACUGAUUAUUGGGAACAAAAAAUAGGAAAUUUGAAAGAAACUCAAAAGAGAGAAUUUCAUGAGUGGGUGAUUAAAGUGCAUGAAGACUAUCAAAGUGGCUCUGGAUCACCAGGUUAUUUGCAAAGAGUUCGAGCACUCUCUGAAGCAAUUCCAUCUGAUAAUGACACUGAUUGGGUUCCUCAACCGCAGCGAAUGGAAGAGAGUUUUACCAUUCAUCUAGGCUCACAGCUAAAGCUGAUGCAUAACUUGAGACUGCUUUCGGCUGAUGUUUUGGAUCUCUGUAGGCAUAAACUGAAUAAAGUUAGUGGUAUUGUAGUUCCACAACCUCAACGCCUUCAAACCGCAAUAUCUUUGUAUUCCAAUAACCUAAGUGGGCUUGUUUUACUAGUUGAUAACAGAAUAAAUUCUUAUACUGGUAUAAAGAGAGAUUUUGCUGCUGUUUGUCAGAUGUCAACUGAAUUUCAUUUUGAAGACAUUGAUAGUGCUUUAGAAAUUAUUAGAGAACAAGGUAAAAGGCUAGCUGAAUGGAGAGCAACCAACUUUUCGCAAGGAGACAGCAGUAGUCAGAGUAGCAGUGGAAGAUCAGGUGGCUCACCUUCGGAAUUUGCUUCUCAGAGGAGCAGCUCAGUUUUGCUGAAAACUGGAGAUUUCUACAUAACACGUCAUUCGAACUUGUCAGAAGUACAUGUAGUUUUCCAUCUUGUAGUGGAUGAUACCCUUCGCACUGCAGAUGUUAAUUCACGACAUCCAACAAUUCUGGGGUUGAGAAAUAUUUUAAGAGUGGCUCACGAGCAUGACGUUUGUACCGUCACUAUACCUCUAUUCCUUGUCCACGAAAUGUCUGAAGAAAUGACGAUUCAGUGGUGCUUGAAAAGGGCAGAAUUAAUUUUCAAAUGUGUCAAGGGUUUUAUGAUCGAAAUGGCUUCACUUGUUGGAGAUGAAACAAGAACUGUGCAAUUUUUAGUGCCAAAAGGUAUAUCAGAAGAGCUUUUUUCCAGUUUGUCCAAUUUGAUACCAGCUAUUUUUAGGGUGUCUAAUCCUGUUGUUCUUAAAUAAAAUUGUAAAUUAAAAUAAUAA